GCCGGCUACACGAAUCGGAAUCGACCAAACAAAAACAGCUGGUACAUAUGUAUCAGCUGUUGGCGGAAAGUAAACCAAAGUUAUAAACUAGAAGAAAAAAAAACUAGAAAAUAGAAGCAGGAAAACAAGAUGAAAACGGUUUUAAAGAAGAUUUUUGGCCAAGAUUCAAGAAAAUAAAAGUCUUGAGGUUUUUCCUUAAUAAGUUUUUUGACUGGGUGUGAAUUAAGAAACAACCUGUUAGCUUUUUUAAUAGCAACAUUAAACCAAGAGACUGAAAAAUUAAUCAUGGACUUGCCAAUUGAAAAACGAUUGGAAGCGCUUCCCCAAAUAACCCAGCGGAAGCUGCUGAGCAUUUUUGACAGCAUUCCUGACGUCAAAGACUUGCUAAUCGAUCCUGCAAUAAUGAAACCGCUGCAAAGAUUUACAGGAAUCAAGGCCUUAAGGUCGCACGGAAUUGAGAAAAUAUACCUUUUGGAAGGAGGUCAGGUGCCAGUGACCAACAUGAAGCGGGUCUUCCUCCUAUACAGUGAAUACCCAAAGAUCCGACAGGUGCUGCAACAAAUCCAGGCUGAACUUCAGCAGCACCAGGGCAGAUCUUUGUCUCCACACCUGAUUUUAGUGCCCGGCACAAUAAGCCACGUAGCUGUGGAGAAGCUGGUCGAAGAAGAGGCUCUCUACAGCCUUGUCACCCUCCACACCCUUAACUUUGAGUUGAUCAAACUGGACCAAGGCCUCUGGUCCUUAGAGAUGCCUUCAGCAUUUAGAAAUUUGAAUGUGCAGGGAGACAUUUCUAUGUUGAAACCAAUUGCUAAGGCUCUCUGGUCUCUUCAACUUGUUGUUGGCCGACCAAAUUUGUUAUGGGCGCAAGGAGGAAUGGCAGCAAAGGUUGUUCAGUUGAUGGAGCGAUUUCCUUGGCCAAAAGACAAAAUCAAGUCCAACCAGGGCCAGCUUGGGUGCUUAGCAAUUGUUUCCCGGGAUAUUGACUGGCCCUCGAUGUUUUUAACCCCCGUCACUUACACGGCUCUUGUGGACCAAGUAAUAGGCUCUCACUGCGGAAACGUAAAGUUUGCAAGUGAAGCUGGGGCCAGUUCAGCGCCGGACGGAAUUUAUCUCAAUAGCUCGACGGACCAAGUUUACAGUCACAUUAAGAAUCUACAUUUCAGUAGUGUCUUUCCUUAUCUCAGCGUAAAAACAAAAGAACUGCAGAUGGAGGCGUGCAAAAUCAGCAAAGCCUCAAGUCCUUCAGAAAUGAAAGCCUACGUUAAAGAGAGACUGGCGCAGUCAGCCGAAACAAAGAAAUCCCUUGCCCAGCACAUUGCCACUUGUGAAUAUGUUGUAGAACAGGUUGGAUCCAGUUUUGAAUCUAUACAAAAUGCUGAAACCAUGGCUUUAUCUGGCCGAAAAGGAGUCAUGACUCAGGUGGAGGACUUGUUUGGCCAAAACCAACUGAAUUUGAGCCAAUGCUUGAAACUCCUUGGUCUUCUAUCAGUCUGCGGACUAUCCGAUGACUUUGAAGCUGUUUUGACGCAGUUUUUACUUUGCCACGGCCACAAGCACCUCUCUACGGUACAUUCCCUUGGACUGAUGGGCCUCCAAGUGGAAGAAGAGUCGUCGAACUCAAUUGUCGGACGAGUGGCGCAGGCGAUGAAACGAAAGAGCUCUACUAUUCAGGAGGUGGACAGAAAAUUUAAAGUGCUCUUUCCUGAUGGUAAGGAAGUGCCAGACAAAGCUCUUCCUGCACAACACAUGAGCUACGUCUUUGGUGGAUCGUACACACCUGUGGUUGGCAGAAUCCUCGAAUGGUUUAUCAAAGGAGAGCCUGUUGCACAGCUGGAAGAAGCUCUGAAAGUUUUGCCUGGACCAACUAUGUGGAGAGGUAGCAGAGGAGAGUAUUUGCCUCGGCCUAACCUCCCAGUCAAUCCCAAAACUUACAUAGUUUUCUUCAUCGGUGGAGUCACUUAUGCAGAGGUUUCUGCAUUUCAAAUUUUAGAGGCAUUAACUGGGGUCAGAAUUUUGGUAGCAUCAACGUCAAUUGUCAGCAAAGAUACCCUAGUUGAGGCUUGUUCUAACUAUUGAUAAUAAGAAAAUGUUAAUAUUUUUACUGUUUA